GCAAGAGUGUUUUAUUUUGUUCCAUCGUUAAUUUCCAAGGUUCUUUUUUUUGUUUCUUUUUUUAUGUUUAACAACCUUUUUCGGCUGUGAGUAGCAGGAGCUUCCAUUCUCCAAACUAUCGUCGAAACCCCUUCCUUUACCUAGUUAGGACCUGAUAACCUGGUAUUCCUCAAGCACCUGAAACUGGCAGCUAUUCUCUUUGUGUCUGUGUGUUUGGGGAGCUCUGUGACCACAGCUUAAGCACCACUCAGCCUUCUAGUCACCUAAGCCUAACUAAAGCCAGCCAGCUCUAGCCUGGUCCAGCCCAGUCCAGCCUGCUCCGAUUAUCUGGACAGGAUACUCAGUUCUGUGUGGACGUGAGGAAUAUGACUGCUGAGACUCUUAACUUCGGCCCAGAAUGGCUUCGUGCACUGUCCAGUGGGGGGAGUGUGACGUCCCCCCCUCCUUCCCCCGCCAUGCCAAAGUACAAGCUGGCCGAGUACCGCUACGGCCGAGAGGAGAUGUUAGCACUUUAUAUCAAAGACAACAAGGUCCCAGAGGACAUGCAGGAUAAGGAGUUUGCUGCUAUUCUGCAAGAUGAGCCCAUGCAGCCACUGGCACUGGUGCCUCUCACUGAGGAGGAGCAGAGGAACUUCUCCAUGUCUGUGAACAGUGUGGCAGUGCUGAGGCUCAUGGGAAAAGGAGUGAGUGGGACUGCCCCAGCUGGAGUGGUCCGUGGACGAGGGGCUACACGAGGUGGCCGAGGUCGAGGCCGUGGUGAAGGUGGAUUCUACCAAAGAAGUAUUGAAGAUGCAGAGGUUGGUUUUGGCCGCAGCGUCCGGGAGAUACAUCGCAGCCAGAGCUGGGAUGACCGGGGUGAGCGUCGAUUUGAGAAGCCGCUACGGCGGGAGGUGGGGCGUCCUGGCUUUGAAGAAACUGGAGGUCCCGGGGGUCCAGGGAGGAAGGAGUACACAAGGGCUGACAGUGAUAACUGGCGCACCCUCCGGGAGGAGCAGGAGGAGGACGAGGGGGAGCCAGGCAGCAACUGGAGACUUGCUGGACCCCGCAGGGAUGAUGGUGGUCCUCGCUCAGCAGGCUGGCGAGACCACGGCGGUCCAGGUGAAAGUCGUCGGAGGAAGUUUGACUUCGACUUCCGGGACUCUGAGGGUCAUGGUGGUGGCCGCCGACGUGCAGGCAGCGAGGGACUAGAGGAUGACAGAGAUGGCCUGCCCGAGUGGUGUACAGAUGAGGAGGAUGGGGAGAUGGGCACUUUUGAUUCCUCUGGAGCUUUCAUGCCGAUGAAGAAGGGUGGCAAGGAGACAAUCCUGGAGGAGGAGUUGGAGUUUAAGGGGAUAGAGGAAGAGGACGACGAGGAGGAGAGCCUUGUUGACAUAGAGAGGAACAGCGCUGAAGGAGACAAAGACAAGGAGAGUAAAGAAGCCAUCUCUGCUGUAGUGGAUGGCGAGACAAAGCCAGCAUCACCCUCCUCCUCUCCUCCAGCCCACUGUACCCCUCCAUCUCUGGAGUCCCUACCUAGCAAUGCUGGUCAAGUGGUGGAUAGCACUCAGCUUAGCAACAGCCACUCUGUCAAGGCCAACAGCACGCCUGGCGAAGACGUUGCUCCCAUCGGGGGCUCCAAGGCCCAGCUGAGCCCCAGCGCCGCCACCUCCUCCAGCCUGCCUCCCCCACCUCCUUCCUCUGCUGCUCCUCUCCUCCCUCCAUCUGGAGGAGACACUGAGGACGAUGAAGGCAUGAAACACCUGCAGCAGGAGGCAGAAAAGAUGGUGGCAUCACUGCAGGACACCUCUUUGGAGGAGGAGUGUUUCACCCAGGCUUUGCAACAGCAGCAGGAGAGUAGGAACACAGCAGCUGCUCUGCCACUAUCUCAUGAGGCCGCCAUGAAGUGGUUCUACAAGGACCCCCAGGGGGAGAUCCAGGGUCCAUUCACCACUGUGGAGAUGUGCGAGUGGUUCCAGGCUGGCUACUUCACCAUGACCCUGCUGGUGAAGCGGGGCUGCGAUGAGGGCUUCCAACCCCUGGGGGACGUCAUCAAGAUGUGGGGCCGCGUGCCCUUCGCCCCAGGGCCCUCCCCGCCGCCCCUGCUGGUGAGACAGCUCCCACCAACGCAGCGCCCGCAGCCCAACCGGGGGCCCGCCGGGACUGUGAGUCAGAGCUCAGCCAACCUAGAGGAUGGGGAGGGGAGGAUGCAAGGGAGAGGGCACGUUAAUAGACAGAUAAUGGGAAACCUGGACCAGGAGCGCCUGAAAAAGCAACAGGAGCUGGCAGCAGCAGCUCUUUAUCAACAGCUCCAACAGCAGCAGCUAUUCCAGCUCAUUAACAGGUGCAGUGAGCAGGGUAUGAUGCCUUCGAUGAACAGGUCGAUGUCAGUGCCAGAUACAGGGUCCAUGUGGGACAUGCAUACCUCAGCUUCACAGCCAUCAGGCGGUGAAGCCAGUCUUUGGGACAUAACAAUGAAUCCUUCUACUCAGGGUCCAACUCUCGAACAGCUUCAGAAGCUCCAGCAAGAGAGGCGAGACGCUGAACUCAGGGCGAAGCGUGAGGAGGAAGAGCAGCGUAAGCGGAGAGAGGAGAAGAGGAGGCAACAAGAAGAGCAAAAACGGAGGGAGGAGGAGGAGCUCUUCAGGCGCAAGCAGUGUCGUCAGCAGCAGGAACUGAUCAUGAAAUUGCUGCAGCAGGCCCCCCAGCAGCAGGGACCUGGGGCAGGCGGCUCAAGUUGGAGCGGGGCUCCCUCCUCAGGGCUUGGUAAGGCAGGAAAGCCCCCGGCUCUGGCUCUGCUGGAAAUGCAGCAGGAGGCAGAAAGGCUCCUGAAACAGCAGCAGCAGCAGAGAGCCCAGCAGCAGAGAGACCGCCACAGUGGUAUGUCGAUGGGCAGCUCCUCCAUGGGAGGGCAGUGGGUGGAUGGCGUUGGCAUGUGGGGUGGGCCUGGCGGUAUGGAGGGUAAGAGUGGUAGUGGAGGAUCUUCAGGCAGCAUGGGCAUGUGGGAUGAGGCUGUAAAGAACCAGGCCAGCCUGCGUGGAAACAGCAACAACAACAUGGGCUUGAAGAACAGCCGCAGCAGCCCCUCACUCAGUGAUCAGUACAUGAUGCGUCGUAAGCGGACGGAGGAGGAGGAGAAGCUGCUGAAGCUGCUUCAGGGCAUGAAGCCUCAGGACGGCUUCACCACCUGGUGUGAACAGAUGCUGCACGCUCUCAACACCUCUGCCAACAACUCCUCCUCCUCUCUGGAUGUUGCCACAAUUGUGGCAUACCUGAAGGAGGUGGAGUCUCCCUAUGCAGUGCUGGAUUUCAUCCGGUCCUACCUAGGGGACACAGUGGAAGCCAAAGAGUUCGCCAAACAGUUUCUGGAGCGACGUGCCAAACAGAAAGCCAACCAACAGAGACAGCAGCAACAGUUAUCAAAGGAAGUGGCUGGAUUGAACAUGAACUUCCCUCUGCAGGACUCAAUGCGAGGUAUGAAUCCAAGCACUCUGCAGUCCAUGUUUCAGGCCAACCACAUGGGCAAGGCUGGUCUCUAUGACAACCAAGGGGGAAAGAUGAAGAAGAAACAGCCCAUGAUGCUGCACUCUGACCCCAGCAUCUUAGGGUACUCAUUCCACAACACGACCGAGUUAAUGAGUGAGAUGGAGAUGGUGGAGGAUUACUGAUGUGACGCAGCGCAGCAGCAAUAGCUACCUGAGGCCUUCUGUCUUUUAAUCAGACAAACCUGAUGACGAAUGUGCACUGCUGGGGGAAACCAGGGGGUGGGGGUAGGAGGGGAGCAAGCGCGAGGGGGAGGUGCAGGGUGGAGGUGCCUAGAUCUGCGCCUCCCACUCUUUCUUUCCCUCUGCAUGGAUUAAAAUAAAAAAAGGGCUCCCUGCUGCACCAGUUGAUCACUAGAGCAGGGGAGAGGGAGGUGAGGCAGGGCGAGGUUAAAAGGAAGAUGGGUAUCCUCUGGCACUCAAAAGAUUAAGCACCUUAUACUGAACUAAUGCACUUUAUUGAGAUGGGAUUUGAAUAGUUUUUUUUUUUUCAUAUGUGUGUAUGUGUGCGUGUGUGUUCGGAAUCAGUGCGCACACGGUAUGUGUACAUACACAUUAUGUGUGUGCAUGUGCGUCGGAACUGGAAGGGGGUGGUGAACCAGAUGGUGGGGUGAAUGGUCAGGCUGUUAGGUUUUCAAAGUCAGGGGGACCUUUAGUUGAAACCUUAUCAGAGAGCAAAUCCUUUCUCAAAAGACAAACACUGUUGAUAUUUCUCUUGUUUAGCAUUUUUUUACGUUUAUAUAAAAAGUAAAGCUAUUGAAAAAUGGAUUAUAAAAAAACUUGAAGAUUUGCACUUGCCUAAAAAAGAAAUAACAAAAACAACAAAAAAAAUCAAACAAAUGGGGUUAGUUAUAGAAGUGAAUAUUUUUGUGAAUGUGUAUGAGUGACUGAGCGAGUGGCAGAUGUGUGAUGAUUGGUUUGUGUCAGUAAUAUACAGUCUGCACAAUGUUUUUUUUUUUCUUUUGUUGCUUACCAAGAUGUAUGAAACAUAAGAGGCCAUUUUUGUCUUUUUUGUUCAGAUGGUAAUUUUGUAUUCUCAUGUUUAGAGAGCAUGUGUGUGUGUUUGUGUCCCUUUCCAAACAGGGACUUGAUCUGUAUGUUUUGAGAGUGUGACUGAAUAAGAGAGAGAGAGAAAGAGAGAGAAAGAGAGAGAGAGAGAGAGAGGGCAAUUGCACAACACAUCCUUUCUCUCACCAGCUCUUCAUCCCCACAUAGAAAAAAAUAGAAAUGCAUACAUGUGUAAAUGUUAGCUUUGCUCUCAUCACAUGAUGACCACCACUAGUUUAUUUCCCUUAGCUUCUCCCCAUGGGGAGCUGUCUCUAGACCUUUAAGGUCUAGCAGACAUGGCGAAUCAUGAGGGACAUUGCUGUGUGUGCAUCUGAAUGAGAUUUUGUAUGUGUGUGUGUCUUCAGAGUACAUGUUCAUUUACUGUUCAUAGAAAUGAGUUAAGACUACAGGUACUCAUUUUGAAUACAUGUGCUGUUUUGUAUGUGUAUGAAUGCACAUUUGUGCCUAAGAACUUGGAUAGGGUGCAUGGCCAUUGAGACAUUAACUCUUUUUUGAGAGCGAGUGUGAUGUGUGUCAGUGCUCAGCACAGUGUAUGUAAAGUAUGUAAGUUUAUAUCGUAAAUAUUUCUAGUUCAGUCUAGGGGUGAUCCAUCGGAAGGUUAGUCCAGUCUGUUUUCCUGGGGUGUGAUCACGUUGCCUUUUGUCAGCUCUCGAACUUGUGAAUGAAAGGUGUCGAGUUUCUGACUAUGAAAAAAAAAAAUACAGCAUCUUAAUGUGCAAGUGCACAGAACGGUGCAUGAAAUGUUAGCAUAUUGUGUUACUUAUUCGUUGUUGCAAUUUGAUAAUGACGAGUUUUCUUUUUUUAAAUGAAAAAUAUAUAUGAAUAUAUACAUUAUAUACAAAGUUUAAAAAGUAUUUGGACUAAGAUAAUGAGCACUUGGGGCUGCUAUUUUUGUUGUGUGUUUUAAUUUUUUUUUCCUUAAUUUGUUUUUCAUUUUUGUUUCAUUAUUGCCAUGUGAAGUGUGUAUUAUUUCUUUCUUAAGAAAAUAUUGAAUGUAUUCCAAAAAAAAUGACAAGAAA